AUGGGCAGACAAAAUAGGAAGGUGCUAGGCCACCUGAAGAAGGCUGUGAAGAAGCUGAAGUUUCUAUUAAGCUUUAAUCUCAGGCGAUGGCGCUUAGCUUCGAUUCUCAACAAUGCCUCUAAAAGGCAGCGGCGUUUGAGUUUUAGCGAUCGAUUAGGGUUGCAUGGGUGUAUUGAAGAUGUAGAAUCAGAUCAAAACAAGUGGGAUCGAGUCCUUCAAAGGACCAAAAGUUACGCUUAUGAGGAGGACAUUGACCAGAGAGCGGAGAUUUUCAUAGAGAACUUUCGUCGGCAACUCUUGCUAGAAAGACAGGUUUCUUUGCAGCUACGAUACUACCGAUGGAAUAGUUUCACCAGGGACUAUUGA